AUGCUGCCGGUGUUCCCCUGCGGCCGGUCGGGCUAUGGGACAUUCAUUGUCUCCAUGUCAGAAUCGAAGAUGAAGGAGAUUGCACAGGAGCAGUUGAGGCCAUUAAGUCCCUUACGCUACAAUGAUGAUGCCAAAGUACCAGCAGAGACUAAGUCAGCAUAUGAGCAAGUGGAAGAUCCUAUGUUCAUUGAACCACCUGCUAGUGAAGCUGUAUUGCCACUUAAUGCAGCUAGAAGGACUGGCCCAAGGCGACCCUCCUAUUAUGGAUGGGGCGGAUGGCUUAGUGAGUCAGAAGAUGAGGAAGAGGAACAACCUACUGGUCAAAAACAUGAGGUGCAUGUUCUAAGUCCAGGAGAGCGAGCCCAGUAUAUAGAUGACCAAACUGCGGAGAUGGCGCCGGAAAAUACUGAAGACGCUGUUGCUGAAGAAGGGGAGCCAAUGACUGAAGAAACUGAACAUGGGAACAUUCAGGCGGGAAGGCGUGCUGGACCUCCAAGACAGAAGAAGGCGAACGUUAGACUAGCUGGGCCGGAGUGGGCUAAGUAG